ACCCCGGCCGGCGUUCCACUUGGUACGUUCAAGAUGGCGGCCCCCAUGGUGCGGUGUGGGAUGCUCCUGGCUCGGAGAAUGUCGACGCCUCUCCUUUCCCUGGCAGGUAGAAGAUGCCUGCUUUCUGCAGCAUACGUGGACAGCCACCAGUGGGAAGCCAGAGAGAAGGAGCAAUGCCACCUGGUUGACCUUGCAUCCUUAAUGGACAAAGCAUACGAAAGGAAGUUGCCUGUUAGUUCUUUAUCAAUAUCACGGUUUGUGGACAACAUUUCAUCUCGAGAAGAUAUAGAUUCUGCCGAAUACUAUCUUUACAAAUUUCGACACAGUCCCAACUGCUGGUACCUGAGAGACUGGACCAUCCACACCUGGAUUAGACAGUGUCUGAAAUACGGUGCACAAGACAAAGCCUUGUACACCCUUGUUAAUAAGGUGCAGUAUGGAAUUUUUCCAGAUAACUUUACAUUCAAUUUGCUGAUGGAUUACUUCAUAAAGAAAGAAAAUUACAAAGAUGCUUUAUCUGUGGUUUUUGAGAUCACGAUGCAAGAAGCCUUUGAAGUGCCGUCCACCCAGUUGCUCUCCCUCUAUGUCUUACACCAUUGCCUGGCAGAGAAGACAGACCUCACAUGGGAAGAAGAGAGGAACUUGGGUGCGUCCCUGUUGCUUCCAGGCCUGAAACAGAAGAACACAGUGGGCUUGAGCUCCCAGCUCUAUGGCUGUGCGCUUCUCGGAAAGGUGGAGCUGCAGCAAGGGCUGCAGGCCGUGUACCACGACAUGCCUCUGAUGUGGAUACCAGGCUACCUUGACCGAGCUCUUCAAGUGAUGGAGAAGGUGGCCUCCUCCCCUGAAGACCUCAGGCUGUGUGCAGAAGCGCUCAAUGUGCUGGACAGAGUCCUGACAGUGCUGACAUCUCCAGCUGACCAGGCCUCAGAGGAGCCACAGCCCCAGGAAGCUGAAGGCAGCUUGGGCUCAGCAAACCUGGUGGAGCAGCUAGACAUCGAGGAACCAGAACAUUCCAAGCUUCCCCGAUACCUGGAGCGAUUUAAGGCCUCUCAGUCUAAACUGCAGGAGUUGGGCAGGAUUGAGGCAGAAAGCCUUUUGACUCUGACCACCCAGCUUGUCAAAGAAAAACUCCCCGCCUGUGAGGCCGAGGACCUGGCUGCUUAUGAGCAGACGUUGCAUGAGUGGCACCUGGAGCGGAUGCAGUUGAUCCAGAGGGAACAGGAGCAGAGGGAGAGAGCAAAGCAGGAGUACCAGGCCCUGAGUGCAGCAAAGACUGCAGCCUAGAGAGCCGCAGGGCAGCCCUGCGCGAGGACUGUGUGGGCCAGCCCAGUGUCCGGCACAGACAGAUGGGACUCAGCCUGCGCUGGCCAGCUUCUCCUUUUCUCUCAGCAAGCCAUGCAUAGCCCGAAAGCCACCAUGUGCUGCAUGUCAACACACUGUCUGCCCAUCCAGAUGUCAAGGGCCCGGGAACUAAGAAAGUGGCAAGUGAUUGGGCCAAAGCCUCCACCUAAAAUCUCUAACGGGCUUCCGGGGCUCACAGUGGAGUCCUGGGCACAGAGUGUGGAAAGUUCUCAAUACCUGGUGAGGGUGAUGGAGGAAGCUACAGCUGCGGAAUCGGGUCUGCAGCACAGAGGUCUGAACGGUUUCUGGCCCUUGUCCAGGCACGUGGGGCCACAAGCUGCACGUCCUGAGACCUUGUGCCCCAUAGUCCCGACUAGUGCAGAUAUGCUGCUGGUGAUUAGGCCUUGGGUGCUCACACAUUCCCACCGCCCGACGCCCUCCUCUUUCCCCUCUGGGAGAAGUCCAGCACAGGUCUCCAGACCACAGCCUCACCAGAUUUCUGAUUGUAGGAACCCACAGUGACAUUUAGAGAUGUGGGGGCUUUUGAGAGAAACUCUGCCUGGGUGUGAGGUCCUUGUGGCCUGACUGGAGUAACUUUUCCCACACAUUGUCAGAGACGUAAAAUGAACCUUUGGUACACACGUGUGCACACAUGUACACACAGACAACUUUAGAGCAAGCCUUUCUGUUAAAGGAGAAAAUGAGAAGGGAUGGAACUUGAAGUGCGGAGGUGACAGAAGUCAGUGCAGACUGUCAGAAGAUGGGACAUAACCUUCCCGGAAGCCUCUCGGGGAGAGGUUUGGGGACUCGGCCUGCUGUGUGAUGCAGCCUCUCAGUGCAGUGGUGCAUCUUUGUUCAAGACUGUAUUCUUCUAUCAAAACCUGGAGAAAUAAAGACACCAAAUAAUCUCA